AUGCGAAACUUCCUUGGGGCCGUGGCCCCUUUAAUCUGCGCCGCAGUGGCUGGCGUCGACGCCCUGAACGCGGAGGAAUGGCAGAAACAGACCAUCUACCAGGUCGUCACCGAUCGCUUCGCUAGGGCCCCUUCCGACGACAGCGGGCUCGGUAUCAUCAGCCCCCCGGACUCAGAUGCGGACUGUCCAUCACCAAAACAGUACUGCGGGGGAUCAUGGCAGGGCAUCAUCGACAAGCUGGAUUACAUUCAAGGGAUGGGCUUCACUGCAAUCUGGAUCUCACCCGUAAUAGAGAACACGGAGAACGCGUCGACGGAAUACUCAUACCAUGGAUAUUGGCCGCGCAAUUUCUACGGUCUCAACCACCACUUUGGUACCGAAGAAGAUCUAAUUGGGCUUUCCGAUGCACUUCACGCUCGGGGAAUGUACCUCAUGUUCGACAUUGUCGUCAACCACGUCUUCUCACCCGGCCCACAAAACGCGACAAAUUACAGCAUGUUUACUCCGUUCGACUCUAGCAGGUAUUUUCACCGCCCAUGCGUAAUGGACAACUCCAAUGAGACAUCUGUCGAGGUGUGCCAGCUCAGAGACGACAAAUCCACGGCGGUGUUCACUCUGCCCGAUAUCAAGACUGAUGAUCCCGUGGUCCGAGACAUAUUCCAGGACUGGAUCAGAGAUACGGUUCAGAAGUACCAUGUUGAUGGUCUCCGCCUCGAUACAUACAAGCAUGUGGAGCGGGACUUCUGGCCGGAUUUCAUCGAUGCUGCCGGCGUCUUCAGCGUGGCCGAAUAUCUCGACGGUGACCCGAAGAACUACAACGACGAGCUGAUUCCCAGCAAGGACGAAGGCGUUUUGAACUACCCCACCUUCUAUUGGAUUAGGCGGAUAUUUCAAAACCCGCAGACAUGGAUGACCGAGCUCGUCCAGGGCAUCAAGACAAUGCGGGAUGGACCAAUCAACACAAAUCUGCUUGCGCCGUUCUUUGAGAACCACGACGAACAACGUUUUGCAUCUCUCGUAGGCGACAUGGCCCUGACCAAGAAUGCACUGGCAUUCACCCUCCUGUUUGACGGAAUACCGAUCAUCUACCAAGGCCAGGAGCAACACUUCUCGGGACAGAACGACCCGUUCAACCGUGAACGGCUGUGGACCUCCGGCUACAAUGAGGACUCCGAGCUGUACCGUUGGAUCGCGAAGCUCAACGCCGCCCGGGCACUUGCUAUCGAUACAGACCCGAGAUUUGUCUCCUCACAGGCAGACAUCGUCUGGCCGCCACAGGCACCACCUGCGGGCAACAACGGCGGCGGGGGCAACGGUACCAGUAACAGCACGACAUCGUCGCCAACAAUACCCUUGACAAACCACCAUUUCGCCAUCAAGAAGGGCUCCCUCGUCACUGUCCUGACCAACGUGGGCGUCGGCGGGCAAAAGCUGGAUGUCGUGCUCCCUCGCAGUGCCACACACUACACGCCCGGCGGUGUAUACGUCGACCUGCUCAGCUGCGAGAGCUUCGUUGCAGACCGCAAAGGUGCUGUUUCGUUCGAGAUGGGAUGGGCACCGCGGGCGAUUUACCCUGCAACGGAUGCCCUCAGCUCAGGGUUGUGCUCGUUACCCCAGGAUCCUACCUAUGGCGACAGCGAGACGUGCCUGGUCAGAUUCAACAUUUCUACUACCACUGCGUUCGGGCAAAACGUCCAAAUCCUUGGCGACAUCCCUCAGUUCGGCUCUAAUGACCGACACCAAGCUGUCACUCUGGGAUCUUAUUUCUAUUCUAGCGAUGACCCCCUUUGGACCCUCACCUUCGAGCUACCUGCCGGGAAGCAGUUCUCAUACCAGUAUCUCAAGAUGGACGGUUCCGGAAUACCACAAUGGGACGGUGGCAACAGAGGUGCCGCGCCCCGUUCGUACACCGUGCCUGCGAGCUGUGCGGAUGGCAAGGUUACCGAGAUCGUGGAUAAGUGGACUGGCUCGGGUAGUAACAGCACAGCGUCUCCCGCGGCCAGGUCAAUCCUGUCACGUGGGUUGAAGCAGAGAAUGGGCGUGGAUCUUUGGGACGAGGGUCGUUAA